AACAAGAGUGAGACUUUGAUUUUCGUGUAACCCAAGGUUCGAAAUAGGAUCAAAAGAAAGCACUGGCGAUUCAAUCAUUAUCCAAAUAUAUAAUUCAUAAUUUUUCAGGUUACAACCCAAAUUAACCAACAUUUAUACAUAUAUAUAUAUAUAUAUAUGCUUAUGUAAAACCUUCUUUAGUUACGUACAAGAUUCUUUCCACAAGUAUAAAACAGUUAAUAUUGUUAUUAUCCUAAUAAUGAGGAGAAGAAGAAGAAGGUUCAAAAGCAUUGCGUUACUUUCGAUUUUAUUGUUGUCACUCAGAACAAAACAAGUUACCAUGAUUAAAGGAGUUAAAAAGUUAAAUUAUUAGUUUGGGCUUGUUUAAGCUCAAUGGGCCAUAGUAUAAAAGCCCUAGCUCUGACUUCAAUUUCUCCUUUCCCGUUGUUCUUCCGCCCUUUGGUUUCCUUCGCUGUAAAGGGAACGCUGGUCUGCGACUUUGACCUCGAAACUGCGUAAUCUCAUCGUCGAUUCAAGGCAGGACACACACUUAAUGGGGCCUUCUUGUCCCAAUGGGGAACGUGCGAUUGACACAUUAGACUGGAGAACUCAAUUGCAGUCUGAUGCACGUGAGAGCAUUGUCAACAUGAUAACGGAAGCACUGAAGAAACAACACCUUCCAUUUUCUGGACCAGAGGGAGUCAACGAGCACAGUAAAAUUGCCUCCAGAUUUGAGGAUAAAGUUUUCAACACUGCUGCUAACUUGAAUGAUUACCUUCGGAAAAUAUCCUUAGAGGUGCUGACGAUAGAAAACACGGUUAAAAAUGCAGCUGAUCCGGCCGGUAAGGCUAAUGUCGAUGUAGGAAGCCUAAUGGACAAUAACAGUCUGAGGCCUUCUUAUCUUCCCAACAGAGAAUCUGCCGUGGACACUGGAGACUGGAGAGCUCAACUGCCACCUGCUACUCGCAAGAUGAUUGUCAACAAUAUAACGGAUACACUAGUGAAGCACCAUUCCGGGACAGAGAGAUCCAACGAGCGCAGGGGAUUUGCUGCCAGAUUGGAGGAGAAUAUUUUCAACAGUGCUGAUCACCAGAUUGAUUACCUUCGCCAAAUAUCCGCAAAGAUAUCUCUCCUUGCUGCCAGCAACAGCCUACCCUUGGAUCUAGGUCAUCUUGGCAUAAACAGAGGUGACUGGAGAACUCAACAUCCACCAGGUUCACGCCAGAAGAAUGUCAACAAGCUAUUGGAAACACUGAAGAAACAUAUUCCAUAUUCUGGGAAAGAAGGAAUCGAAGAGCUCAUGAGAGUUGCUGUCAGCUUCGAGGAGUUAAUUUUCAACACCGCGACAAGUCAGGUGGAUUACUUGAGCAAAAUAUCCUCAAGGAUGCAGAGUAUGGAAGAGGGAAGCGAAAUCAAACAAGAGGAGUUUUCAAAACGGCGUAAAACAUCCUAAGGAAAGCAAGUCCAUAUACAUAUACUUUAUAUUUGUAUAUAAAGAACACACCUUGAAGAGUUAAAAAAAAAAAAACAAGAAAAGGCAUGAAUAAACAUACAUGGUCGAGUGUAUGCCAUUGGGAAUUGGGAUGAUUUCUGGUUUCUCCAACAUCAAAACAUCAAUUGAAAGUUUUAAAGCACAUGCCAGCUUUGUAUUCCAUCAACGCAUCCAAUGUAUCUCAGUUUGCAUAAUUUUAUGAAUGAAAACAAUA